AUGGUAGAAUAUGCUUUAGCUGGCGAAGGCGCUGGUACAUUAUUUGAUCGUGAUACGGAAAGAACUCGUCACUGGCCAGAAAAUGAAGGUACUGCUGAAGUUUAUAAACGUUGUGGUUGUACAAUGAUAACAAAAUGUUCAAUGCAUGAUGAUUAUUCAACAUAUAAAUUUCUUCUUUCGGAUCCACUUUCAACUCAAUCUGAAAUUUGGUCAUACAGACAAGAAGAAGAUCAAUUAAAUCGAGCGGAACAUAUUGGCAAUUAUAUACUUUUUCAUGAAUUACUUGGUCGAUAUCCACAUUAUUUUUUACGCGGUUCAUCAAAAACAGGUGAUACAUUUUAUCGACAGAAAGGUUCACGAUUUAAUUAUGUACCACCAUAUCGUGUAUGUGCAAAUGAGUUAUAUCAUAAACAAAAACAAUGGGUUUUAAAAGAAGAAACGAACGAAUCAAGAUCACGACCAUUAUCAGCACCACCAACUCCGACACCACAAGAUGAAGAUAAAAAGACGAUUAAGGAGCGAAAAUUUCUUCCAUUAUUACCAGGAAGAAGAAAUUCAACGACUAGUAGGUCCACAGCAAGAUCUUAUCAUCGUAAUAAUUAUUUUUAUGAUAUGGCUUUAUGA